CUGAAGGAUCUAUGAUCUCUGCGGCCCCGGCUGCACUUCCGGGCCUGCUGGCUUCAGCGCCUCCUCCGAGCCGCUGCGCUAUCGCCAUGGGGACCGAUUGUGGCGGCGCAAAGUAACUGUCCUGCAUCUUUCCUCCUCGUCGGGGGCUGCCCCGGAGCAGCGACUGCGCUUCCUCCGGUUUCUCGUGUCUUAACAUGCGAUUCCCGAGAAAGUGUAAACUCCUAUGAGAGAUCUCGAAGCCUCCGGUUGAAAGGGGCUGUGGAGCACAGCAAAUCUGUCUCAAGGAAGAAGCUCACCUCUUUUGUAACAUGAGUAUAAGCUGGUUCUGCUGCCUGGAAUGCAGACGCUGAGAACCCAGCAUCUUAGGGAAGAAAGAUGCUCCAGACCAGCAAUUACAGCCUGGUGCUGUCUUUGCAAUUCCUCCUCUUGUCCUAUGAUCUCUUUGUCAACUCCUUCUCAGAAUUGCUUCGCAUGGCUCCUGUCAUCCAGCUUGUGCUUUUCAUCAUUCAAGAUAUUGCCAUCCUCUUCAAUGUCAUCAUCAUCUUUCUCAUGUUCUUCAACACUUUUGUUUUUCAAGCCGGCCUGGUCAAUCUUCUGUUUCACAAAUUUAAAGGAACUAUUGUCCUAUCAGCAGCAUAUCUGGCUUUGAGUAUAUCUUUUCACAUAUGGGUCAUGAACUGCCGCUGGGAAAAUUCAAACAUCUUUGUAUGGACUAAUGGGAUGCUGACUCUGUUUGUUUUCCAGAGAUUAGUGGCUGUGCUAUAUUACUAUUUCUACAAGAGAACAGCUGUUCAUCUGGGAGACCCAUGUUUCUAUCAAGACUCUGUAUGGUUACGGAAAGAGUUUGCUCAUGCCCGCAGUUGAGCACUACUUCUAAAUUAUAUGGAGCUGCUGGAAUGUUAAAGAGACCUCAAUCAGUAUCCUGAAGCAAGUUUUCUUCUCACUUUUUUAUAGUCUUGGUAUUAACUUUAUAGAAGAUUUAAUCCACAAUACUAUUCUUCUUUGGAGUCUUUAUCACUACAUAACUAUCAGGCUUCUACUUAUCCUCUCAGGUCUACCUUCUGCACUUUCAGGAGUUGGUUACAGUUUUUUUGAGGAAUAUAUGAAGUGCCAAAUUGGUUUGGCUGAGAACUUUCAAGUAGCAGUACUGCAGUUUAUUUUUGCAAAUAUUCCCUUAAGCGGUUUGCUGCCUCUAAUUAAAAGAUUCCCUUGUCUUUAUUAUGACCAAUGUGAUUAGUUCCAAACCUUCACAGUAGGCAAAUGUAUUCUCAUUGACUUUUUUUUCUUUUGUACUUAUUUUAUAAGUUAUGAGAAAAUAAACCUGCCAUUUUGCAAUAAUCAUAGUGUGAUGCAGGUUGCUGUUUUUUGUAUGAUCUAACAAUACUGGUAGUAACAGAGGGCUCGUGCAAAGUUAAGCUUUGGAGUAAUAUUCUAUGUGUAUAUAUUCAUUUUGUUGACCCUGAGUCAAACUUUAAUAUUGCAUUAUAAACAGAAUCAGAAAAAGAAGCAUAUUUAACUUGGUUAACUGAAUAUGCAAAGUCAUGAUUUAUUUAGCUUUAGUUAUUUGCAUAAUAUACUAAGCCAAAAAUAAAGUAUAUAUUAUUAUUUAUUAUUAUUAAAUACUAGUUCAACAAGUUCCAGAGUUGGGUAUAAUUCACAUUAAGAUAGCAAACCUUCUUACAUAUUAAAACAGAAAACCCAGCUUUAAAUUUUAGAAUUACAAUUUGGAAUCCUAUAGAGUGUUACUACUAGGAAUCCAAAUUAAAACAUCUUGGCACAUAACUG